AUGGCCGGCCAUUUCCGCCAGCAACUGCCUUACGGCACUCAGCAGUUCCCAAAUCGGCCCCAGUUUUCGGGGUUCAUGAAGCCAUGCAGAUUUGAGGGAGAAGUACAGAAUCUGGAGGUCGUCGGUAAGAUUCCAAAUGAGAUCGAUGGAACCUUCUACCGUGUGAUGCCGGAUCCUCAAAUGGUGCCUUUCAUCGAGAACGAUCCUUGGUUCAACGGGGACGGGAACGUCAGUGCAUUUCGAAUUCAAAGCGGCAAGUGCCACUUCAAGCAGAAAUACGUCCGCACUGAGAAGUUCGUUCGCGAGAGGGAAGCUCAGAGGGCUUUACUGGGCAAAUAUCGCAACAAGUAUACCGACGCCGUCGAGUUCAAAAUCCGCACCACGGCGAACACCAACGUCGUUUAUUUCAACGGGCGGUUGCUCGCGUGCAAGGAAGAUGCACCUCCAUAUGCUCUGCACCCAGAAACUCUGGAUACGAUUGGUUUGGAAGAUUUUGAUGGACAGCUGCCCAGUUUGACUUUCACGGCGCACCCGAAGGUUGAUCCUGUCACAAAGGAGUUUGUGUGUUUUGGCUACGAAGCAAAGGGAGAUGGCACGCCAGAUGUGUGUUAUUUCACCAUUGCCCCAGAUGGGAAGUUCCUCGAAACCGUCUGGCUGGUUUCACCAGUAGUAGCAAUGAUCCACGACUUUGCGGUAACGGACAACUGGGUACUAUUCCCGCUGAUCCCACAAACUUGUGAUAUUGAACGGUUGAAGGCAGGGGGAGAGCACUGGCAGUGGAACCCGGACAUUCCUUUUUACAUCGGGGUUCUCCCGCGCCGUGGUGCAAAGGGUACUGAUGUCAAGUGGUUCCGUGCCCCUAACGCUUUCCCGGGGCACACAGCAAAUGCAUACGAGACACCCGACGGAAACAUCAUAUUUGAUCUCCCCGUGAACGAGAAGAACGUUUUCUUCUGGUGGCCUGACAAGGAUGGGAACGCACCCGAUCCCACUAGUGGAGAGAUCAAGGCAGACUUCCUGAGGUUCACAAUAGACCCUCGUGCUUCUGACCUGGAUCUCGCGAAACCGGAAAUAUUAUCUCGCGAAGAUUGUGAGUUCGUGCGCAUUGACGAUCGUUUUGCUACGAAGAAGCACUCCCACUGCUUCUUCGACAUUAUGGAUCCGAAGCUGGAGACCAAUUUCCCAGCGAUUGCCCCAGUCAUGGGGGGUGGGCAUGCACCAUACAACGCCCUUGGACAUAUUGAUAUAGAGACUCGUGUGGUCCAGAAAUACUUCCCGGGACCAACCCACCUGUGCCAAGAACCCGUUUUUAUCCCUCGAUCAACCACUGCCGCGGAGGGAGAUGGCUAUUUGAUGGCUCUCGUCAAUAAUUACGCCACCAUGGCCAGCGAGCUACACAUUGUUGACACAAGGAAUUUCGGAGAAGCUUGUGCUAUCAUAUAUCUGCCUAUACGCUUGCGCGCGGGCCUACACGGCAAUUGGGUUGAUUCCCAGGAUUUAGCCUUAUCUGGCUGA